AUGACACGUCGAAUUUGUGGUGCAAUUUAUCCAACACUUAGCCUUAUUAAUCUAUAUAUGUAUUUACUUAAAAAUUCCUUUGCAUCACAUGAAGAAAUUGGAGAAUCUUUUGAUACUUACCUUGAAUUAAUUUAUGGUUCCAUUAUUAAUGAAGAAGAAGAUGAUGAUAUAGUUAGUGAUAAUGAGUACAUUCCAUCAGGUGGAUCAAGACAACAUUGGCAAUAUGCAUAUCGUUACUUUCAUCAACAAAUGGGAGAUGGUAAAGUUGAAGCUAAAAUAUUAGUUCGAGAGUUAUAUAAUGAUAUAAAACAAGAUCUUUCGUCUAAAAAUAAUGAAAAUUUAUUUAGCAAUCCAUCAUUAUUAGACGAUAGUGAUAUUUUUAAAGCAUUAGAAGAUGAUGUGUCAUUAGAAGAGAAAGAGAAUGAUGAGAUAAAUUUGUAUUUGCAACAAAGAAAAAUUGGACUAAAUGAUGAUCCAUUAAAAUG